AUGGCGCCUGUGUUGCCUGCAGUUAGUUCGCAGUCGAAGGUGAAGGUUAAAGCAUUGGGGCGUUUGUUCUUGUUAUCGUAUUUCGACCCUGUUCCUGAAGAUGUGGGUGAGAUAGAUGAAUUUAAGGUUUAUCUUUACAUUGACAUCCCGACUAUCGAUUACUACGAUGAUGAAAUGACCCAUGGGAAGAUCAGCCGGAUGAACAGGAAGUUUAAAAUUCAUAAAGUGAGGGAAGGCAUCUUGUCUAGUUUUAUGGGGUAUAACGAUACUAUCUGGACUCGUCUGAAGCACGCGUCGAUGUCGAAAAGGAUCAAUUUCAGCCUAUGUGUUUGUUCUGGUGGUUCGCUACGAUAUGUUGAGUCGAUCAAAUAUUUCAUAGAGUCCUGUUGGUCUGAAUUGUACGAUUAUCGAACCCAAAUACAGAUAAAGUUCCACGUCCAAACAACUCCUACGUCCCAAAAAUGGUUCAAUACAUUUUUGGAUAAGGAUAUUCUAGCUUCGAAUGCUGUGGAGUUUACUCUCAUAGAGUCUUACAGUGUUUUGACUAAAACAUCGAUACCAUUUAAGCAGUACUACACAAAAUUGAGCGAUAAAUUUACGAAUCCUCAGAAUCCUGCAGAAUUAACAUCUAUCAUUGUUGUCACAAACAAUACAGGAGUGAGAGCGCUAUUAACCAUAUUAUCUGAUAGACCAUUAACAAGAUAUUUGCAUCAACAGUCAUUAGAUGCUCUUAAAAACAACGCGGUUCGGCACAAGUCGAAACUUUUCGCAGAUAGUAUCAUUAAAUUAACGGAUAGCAGUGAGGAUGAAACAUCCUUAAGCAGGACUUCUUCACAGUUGCUGUAUUCACAAAACAGUUUUAUUUCAACAGAAAAGUUCCAGACGAGGAAGCGGCCUUCGUCUCUGAAUAAAAGAAGAUUGUCUGAUAAAAUAGCGUUAACUGUUGAGCAUGAUUCUGUUAACACAAGUAGUACUAUGACUUCCUCCUCAUCCUUGGAUGGUCUGGCAGCAGAUGCUAAGAAUUCCUCAGACCAUUUUCGUGUGUUAGGUAAAGGUAAUGGGUAUGAGGAUGAUGAUGAUGCUAAUGGUGAUGGUGAUGGUGAAUGUGAUGAUGAUGAUGAUGAUGAUGAUGAUGAAAAUAAUAAUGAUUGUAGUGAUGAUGAUGAUGACGAAUUUGAAGAUGACGACGAGCAGGAACUUGGAAGUUCUUCCGAUGAAGAUGGAAUUAGUUUUUACGCUCCGAGUAAGUUGUCUCGUUCUGCAACAAACGAUAAUUUUAUCUUUAUUUCCUCUGCUAAUAAUAACAACAAAGAAAUGUCCUCCGGUCGGAGAUUCAGAUCGUUGAGCCUGAUGGAUCCUCCUUCAAGAGCCCCCUUCGCUGCUCAACAUGGGCCUUCUGUUAUGGGAGAUGAAAUUUGUUCUUCAACGACAAAUAACGAGUGGUAUACGAACAUCUACGUUCACGAUGGUCACUUUGUUGAACCUUUGGUAACACCCCAAAGAAAACGUUCUAAGAAAUCUCUCAAGAACGUUUGCUCAUCUAAUGGAUUGAUACCUCCGAUAUUCUACUCUAAAUUAUCAUCUCCAUCGUCGAGUGUUAGUAGUUCAGAUUCGUCUUUGCAUGAUUUGAAGCUGCUACCUGGGACCUUCUCCAAGUUGUUGAAUAUUGGUAUUCCAGAACCCAACUCCGGAGCGGAUCCUACCUCAAACAGCAGCAAUACGUUGUUUCAGAAAAACUUGAUACACAAGUCUUUUGAAGAGGUUCGGAAACAACCCUCGAUUCAACUAUUCCAAACAUUAGUUGGCCCAAACAGAUUUGCCUUAAACUUUCAAUCGAACAAACCUAUUAUUGCCGAAAGUACUUCUAUAACAGAUCAAUCAGAUAGUUUGACGUCUGGAGCUACUGAUGAUAGUGAAGCUAGCAACACAAUUCACAUGUCACAUCAAGGCUCCGCUGGAACCUUAUUAAGCGGGGAUAAGGUUAAUCAAACAUUAAACAAAUAUAAUUUACAAAUAUACGAUAUUAGUCGGGAUGCAACAAUACAAGAAUCUGGGGAUAAGAAUAGUACUGUUGGUGAUCAAAUGCAGUCGAUGUCUCCGGAUACUACAACAGGACAUAAUUACAAGAAACCAAAGUUCACCUUAGAUUUAUAUGAUGACGAUAACCUGACUAAUGGAGCAUGGGUGUUAGGUGCUAACAACAGAUGA